UUGUACUCGAAAGAAAAAAUUGUUGGAAACUGGGUGAUUCUAUGGGUCUUUUGACCGUGGAGCCUCCACCCCGCAGUGCACUGGCGGUUUCAACAGAACCGUAACACGCUGUAGACAUCGUUAGAUGUAGCAUGACAACCAUCCAUUGGCCUUCAAAGUUUCCGGUUUCCUCACCAUUUCGUCGUUUGAAGAAGAGAACCCUCUCUUUGAAGCUUUACGGCAAAUGGAUCGUGGAAACCUAGCAACCCAAGGUGAGAUAGCUAGGAUAUUGGUCGAGUUCUUGGAAGUUUCCAUUACUUCAGUGGUCUUUCUUCGCGGCAUUUAUCCUCCUGAAGCAUUUGAGAGGCGGCGUUAUAUGAAUAUCGCCGUGCAGAGGGCCCGCAAUCCGCAGCUCAGAAACUACAUACAUUCAGCUGUUGCAGGCCUCUACCAUUUCAUCCAAAAGGGAUUAGUGGAGAGAGUGGCAGUUAUCUUCUAUGGUGAAGAUCAUGUUCCCUCUGAGAAAUUUGUUUUUAAGCUAGACGUGAAUCAGUCGUAUCAUUUGAAUUCAGAAGAAAGCGAUUUCCAAUAUGCUUUGAGGUCUUUCCUGAUAAAACUUUCUGUAGCUCAACCUCUCACCACGAUUCUUCCAACAGAUUGCAGAUGGGAGAUUACGGCAUACUUUCGCAGCCUGCCAAAAGAAAAUAGCAAGGAAGCAGAACUUUGGAUUCCUACAGAUACAAAGCAAUGGCAGCAUCCACCGUUUAUUACUCCAAUCAAGUCGAUGAGCAGUGAACCUCUCUCUGUACAGUUAUAUGUUGAACACCCCCACCCAUCACAGCAACCUUCUGAUCCAUGAAUCACUGGACUGUAAAUAAUUACACUUCAAAAAUUUAGAAUGUAAUUCAAUUGCUCAUUUCAAGAUGUC